UGGCAUCACAGACAACAUUCAAAGUAUUCUAAUCCUCACAUUCGUGCUGUGCAUUAAAAAAAAAAAUUUUAAAAAAAAUGAAUAAUUUUGGAAUCAUUGCCAUCUUGGCGUUGGCUUGCUUAGCCAAGGUUAACGCCACUCCAUGUGGUGGAUGUGGAUGUCAAGCCCCAUGCCUUCCACUCCCAUGUCUUCCAGCCCCACCAUGCUGUCCACCCCCAUGUCUCCCAGCCCCACCAUGCUGCCCUCCCGCUUGUCUUCCAGCCCCACCCUGCCCACCAUGCAUUCCAGCACCACCUAUUAGUCCAGCAGCACUAGCAUCUUUAUUGGCUACUCUUAAAGCUGCGGCACCUUACUCGCCCCUUACUCCACUCCCUGUCGCUCCACCUUGUAAACCAGCUUGUGGACCAGCCCCAACCGUAGCCACAACCCUGUCGGUUCCCGCGCCAGCACCUCAGGUCAUCGCUCCAGGACCAGCUCCAGGACCCUUGAUAGUCCAAUUGCCGUCAGUAGCCGGAAAGUGCGCACCGAUCGUCGUUCCCGCCGGUCCAGCCCCUAAUCUGCUCGUCAAACUGAACCAAUGCCCAGCACCCGCCCCAAUUAUACUUCCAGGUGCGGCACCUGGACCUAUCGUCAUCAACGAUGGAAACGUAGUUAAGGAACAAUCUGUCACGUGUGCACCAGCUCCACAGUCGAACAAAAUAUUCUUCGCAUUGCCAGCUCCAUUACCGACUCCACCGGUCGUUUUGCCACCAGCUCCAUUACCAAAAGUAUUCUUCAACCCCGGUCUGUACGUCCAAAAACCUGAUAUCGUAUACCAAACCCCAGUUGGUCUACCACAAUUGUUUUUGAUUCCACCACCAUGCGGAUGUCCAGCACCGUGCUAUCCACCACCCGGUCUAUGCAACUUGCCACCAGUCCUCGCCAAGGUCCCAGCUUGCUGUUGUUAGAUGAUUUUGUCAUCAUAAAAUGUUUAAUGUACAUUACAUUAAAAACAAUUAUAAAACAUUAUUGAAAUAUUAUUGAACAAUUUUGAAUACAAAAAUUACCUUUUUUUAAAUGAAUAUAUUUGGGAAUUAAAUAAAUGCAAUUGCUUAAAUUGAA